CGACAUGCUUGAAUCAUGACCUCCGAGCGCCCUGUGGCACACAAAAACAUCUCACAGUGGCUCUGGGGUAAAAAUACCAUUGUUGUAAUUUGUUAUAGGACAGGUGAGCAUCUCAGAGCAUUGUGUUACAGAUGAUUUGAACAGUUAGAAGCAGUAAAUGCUGUGCUAGCAAGCACACAGAAACAUACAGCUGCCAGCUCUCAGGAACACAAUUAGAGAGACGGAGGAACACCACAGGAAUCUCCCUGGUGCUGAGUUAGUGCCUCCGCUCCUUCCUAAACCACCACAAUUACACUCAUCUGUCCUUACUGCUACCUUCACUCAGGUUUACAGCCACUAACCAUGACGCAUUCCCGCUAGCCCAAGCUCUGAGUACGUACACGAGGUGCACCAAAGGCAGUACUUCUGGCUGAACUGAAAAGAACCUACACGCCCCGCGAGGAACAGCAGUUACACACAUCCUUCUGUCACCCUCAGUUCCUACGUUCUGCCUCAGGGGGUUUUCGGGGUGCUGACGCCGUAUCUCGCAGCUACAGGCUUCGGAUUAACUUUUCCAAAUGAGAACGAACAGCAUGUCGCUGGCACGUAGCUUUGAUAUAUAUGCUGCAUUACUUAAAUGAAUUCUCUCCGUGAAUAGGAUAUUUGGGCAAAUGAGAAAACAAGGGUAUGUUCAGUCACUGGGAAGAGAUGGUAUUUAGAUGAUCGUCCUUUAGAUAAAAUGCACCAGAACAACACGGGCAACUGCAAUUUCAUGUCUGAGAUGGUUUUGAUUCGGAUAUAUUGAACUAUUUAUGCUGGCUGCAUUGUUCCACGUUACUCCAUAAAUCACACAGCGACCCUUCCCUUUCCCCGCAAACACGCUAACUCCCAUUACCUCUCAGCCACACAGAUGUUCCCUCACUGAGAUACUCAGUGCGUGGCCAUGUGCCACCCUCACUUUCGCACGAAUUUCAGCCUACGUGACGUCACGUCAGCGCCCUUUCUGUGCGCGAGCCCUCUGGGUCUACACGUCCUUCUGAAUAACAAAUGGAUCGCUCCAUGGGUACGAGCGAUAGAUGCGCUGCGCUGUCUGCGGUUGUUCUACACGUGCCGAGGUGAAGGAUGCACACAGAGCAGAAAGGAAAGGAGCAGCUUCAGAGGAGGCCGCGUGAAGACGUGAUCAAUGUCUCUAACCCACACCAUUCCCACCGCAUGCUCAGUGAUGAAUCACCCUAUUUCCGAACCCGAACAGUCUCCGGGUCGCGGGCGUCCCCCCCGCGGCACCCCGAGGCCGCGCUGCCCACCAUCUAUGCCAUCACGCCCACGUACAGCCGCCCGGUGCAGAAGGCCGAGCUGACCCGGCUGGCCAACACCCUCCGGCAGGUGGCGCGGCUCCACUGGAUCCUGGUGGAGGACGCGGCGGCGCGCAGCGAGCUGGUGAGCCGCUUCGUGGCGGACGCCGGGCUGCCCUGCACGCACCUGCACGUCCCCACGCCGCGCCGCUACAAGCGGCCCGGGCUGCCCCGCGCCACCGAGCAGCGCAACGCCGGCCUGGCCUGGCUGCGGCAGCGGCACCAGCACCUGCCGGCCCCCCAGCCCGGCGUGCUCUUCUUCGCCGACGACGACAACACCUACAGCCUGGAGCUCUUCCACGAGAUGCGCACAACCCGCAAGGUGUCGGUGUGGCCCGUGGGGCUGGUCGGGGGACGGCGGUACGAGCGCCCGGUCGUGGAGAACGGCAAGGUCGUCGGGUGGUACACGGGCUGGAGAGCCGACAGGCCCUUCGCCAUCGACAUGGCUGGAUUUGCUGUGAGUCUUCAGGUGAUUCUGUCACAUCCAAAGGCCGUAUUCAAGCGUCGCGGUUCUCAGCCAGGAAUGCAAGAAUCUGAUUUUCUGAAACAGAUAACAACAGUGGAGGAACUGGAGCCAAAAGCAAACAACUGCACAAAGGUUCUUGUAUGGCACACGCGAACAGAAAAGGUGAAUCUAGCUAAUGAGCCAAAAUAUCAUCUGGACACAGUCAAUAUUGAGGUAUGAUCCUGAGAUGAGUCACACAGUGCAGCAGAUGUGCUGGGAGGUGCUCCAGUUCGGC